AUGCCCACGCAGAUGGAGAUGGCCAUGGGCACCAUGAUUAGAAUCUUCCACCGGUACUCUUGCAAGGAAGGGGACAGAUGCAAGCUCAGCAAGGGGGAUCUGAAGAUGCUCCUGCAGAAAGAGCUCACGGACUUCCUCUCGUGCCAGAAGGACCCCCAUUUGGUUGAUAAGAUAAUGCAAGACCUGGACGCCAAUAAGGACAAUGAAGUGGGUUUUAAUGAAUUUGUGGUCAUGGUGGCAGCCCUGACAGUUGCUUGCAAUGAUUACUUUGUCGAACAAAUGAAGAAAGGAGAGUAA